AUGGAAGAGCAGGUCGAGCGCCUGGUCGAGAAGACCUGGGCAAAAUUCCUCUCCACCCCCUCCGACGCCCGCCUCAUGAUCGCCAUCAGCGGCAUCCCAGGCUCCGGCAAAACCGAGCUCGCCAGCAUGGUUACCAGCCGCAUCAAUAAGAGAUACAUCCUCGAGAACCCCUGCGCCGUCCCCAUCGCCACAUCCCUCCCAAUGGACGGCUACCACCUGACCCGCGCCCAACUCGCCGCAAUGUCAGACCCCGAAUACGCCGCCGCCCGCCGCGGCGCAGCCUUCACAUUCGACGGCCACAAGUUUUUACAACUAGUGAAAGACCUACGGGAGCCGCUCACAACGAGGGUAAACAGUAUCUUCGCGCCCAGCUUCGACCACGCCGUGAAAGAUCCCGUGGAUGACGAUAUUCCGAUCCCAGCGACUUCGCGGGUGAUUUUCUUUGAAGGGAAUUAUCUCAGUUUGAAUAAGGAGCCGUGGAAUGAGGCGGCGCGGUUGAUGGAUGAACUGUGGUUUGUGGAUGUAGAUUUCGAGGUUGCGAGGAAGAGGUUGGUUAGGAGACAUGUUAAGGCGGGUAUUGCGAGGGAUGAGGCGGAGGCGGAUAAGAGGGCAAAGGAGAAUGAUUUGGUUAACGGGAGAGAAAUCGUGGAUAAUAGGUUGGUGGUUCAGGAGGUUGUUGAGAGUAUAUAUGAUCCGGCUUGGGAGAGGUUGUAA